GAAAGCCGGCUCAGCCCGAGGCUGAAGCAGAAGAAAUAUCCCAUGGUUGACUGUGCCAAGGCAGUGACUGAGCCAGCCCUCUGACUUUGCGGGCAGGGUGGUGGCUCUCACAGAUAAGCCAAUCCCUGGGCUGCAGGUGAGGAUCCCUAAGAAGCAUUGUUGGGGCAGUAAGAAUCAUUUUUCCGAAUAGGCAAGAGGGGAGGAAGGGACUCAACAAGCUAGUAUGGGAAGCCCAUAGCUUCCUAGGAAUACUGGGAGCCCGAUUCCUUCCUGGUAUCGGCUGUAUUCUUCCUACACUGGGAGAGCUCCAGGGCUGGCUGGCCACUGAGCGGCACAGCAGCAUGAGCCGGUCAAGGCAUGUGGGCAAGAUCCGGAAACGUCUGGAAGAUGUCAAGAACCAGUGGAUCCGGCCAGCCAGAGCUGACUUCAGUGAUAAUGAGAGCGCCCGGCUGGCCACCGAUGCCCUCUUGGAUGGGGGUCCAGAGGCUUAUUGGCGUGCUCUCAGCCAGGAAGGAGAGGUAGACUUCCUGUCCUCAGAGGAGGCCCAGUACAUCCAAGCCCAGGCCAAGGAGCCCCCCGGUGCCCCAGAUCCUGCAGGAGGGGCUGAAUCGGGACACAGAGGACUGGAUUCCUGCUCCUUACAAUCAGGCACCUACUUCCCUGUGACUUCAGAAGGCAGCGAACCAGCUCUGCUGCACACCUGGACCUUGGCUGAGAAGCCCUACAUGAAGGAAAAGUCCAGCGCCACUGUCUACUUCCAGAUGGACAAACACAACAACAUCAGAGAUUUGGUCCGCCGCUGCAUCUCCCGGGCCAGCCAGGUCCUAGCCAUCCUGAUGGACGUGUUCACGGAUGUGGAGAUCUUUUGUGACAUUCUAGAGGCAGCCAACAAGCGCGGGGUAUUCGUCUGUGUGCUUCUGGACCAGGGAGGUGUGAAGCUCUUCCAGGAGAUGUGUGACAAAGUCCAGAUCUCUGAUAUUCAUCUCAAGAACAUCUCCAUCAGGAGUGUGGAAGGGGAGGUGUAUUGUGCCAAGUCAGGCAGGAAAUUUGCAGGCCAAAUCCAAGAGAAGUUUAUCAUCUCAGACUGGAGGUUUGUCUUAUCCGGAUCAUACAGCUUCUCUUGGCUCUGUGGACACGUGCACAGAAACAUCCUUUCCAAGUUCACCGGCCAGGCGGUGGAGCUGUUUGAUGAGGAAUUUCGACGCCUCUACGCUUCCUCCAAACCCCUGAUGGGUCUGAAGUCCCCAAGGCUGGUUGCCCCACUCCAACCCAACAAGGGCCCAGAAGCCCCCAAUGGCCGCCUCAGUGGCAGCAGCGACUCUGCCAGUGACCGCACCUCCUCCAACCCCUUCAGCAGCCUGUCGACUGGCAGCAACGCCCACAACCAGAGUCUAUCCACAUCUUCAGGGCCGGGCAGUCCCCUGGCCCUCAUCCCACCCGCAGUUCCAAGGCUGCAGCCCUACCACAGCACCCGGAGAGCUGUGGCUCCACCUCCUCUCUUAGUCCCCAUGAGGCCCCAUGAGGGAACACCAGCUCCCUACAGCAGCCUCAUGGCCUACAGGCCCACCCGGCUGCAGCUGCAGCAGCUCGGCCUGGUGCCCAGGGUGACUCAGCCCUGGAGGCCUUUUCUACAGGCCUUGCCUCAUUUUUGAAGAGGCCUUUCUCCUCACUGAGCACUGCUGAAUUUUCCGGCUCAAAGGUCAUGCCUAAGGACCAAUACAAUUGAGCCUGAUUCUUGCUAAAAGCACUGGGGGGCUGGGGAGGAGGCUGAGUUAUUGCCUACCUUUGAAUGUAGGCCUACUUAACCCAUGCUAGAAGAUUCCAGGGAAGCAGUGAAGAGACCUCAAUGACAAAAUUUGACUGAGAACCCCUGUCUUCCAAAGGCCAUUCUGGAUUUGAUAGUGAUGUCUCUAUAAUGUAAAAAUGACCAGAUGCAGCCUAAGUUUUAUAAACAGGCUCCACACCCUCAAAGAUUCAGAAAAGAAAGAUUCAGGAACAAAUGUAAGAACAUUUUGGAUGUUUCUAGUAGGACAUGCUCCUCCCCUGUUUAAGUGUCUUAAAACUGGGGUUCCCUGGACCUGAUGGAUUAGUAAUGAGACCCCAGAGACCACAGAAAGCUGCUGCCUACCAGGAUGGGACAACCUGAGGAGGCUGGACAGUUCCAUCUCACAAGGCACUUUAGCAGACUCAGGCUCUUGCUUAAGAGAACCCUGGUCUAUUCCAGAAGGCCCUGGAGUCUGAGCUGGCCAUGGAGACACAAGCUGUGAUGGCUGGGAACGGCCUUCAGCAAAGCCCAGGGCAGCCACCUGCCUGCAGCUCUGGGGCCUCUGAUUGUCCUGUUGAUGCCCUGUGAAAUAAACGUGAAACCUUCACAA